CAUUUUAUCAUGAAAGGGAUUAUUCUGAACUGCCUGAUUAUCGAACCCAGGUAGCAUUAUCUCAGGGUAUUGUGACAUUUCAAUUAGAGCCUUCACAAUCUGGAAAAACAUGCUUAACUAAAAGCAAGAUUUCUCACAUACGUGUUGGCUGUCCUCCAUGGAAAAGCAUAAUUGUAAACAAGAAACCUUCAGAGUGUGAGAAUUUUACCUUCACUAUACCCCGAAAGUAUCUCAGAGACAAAAGACAUAAAGAAAACAAGGAAGUGAUAUUUGAUAUAGACAAAUAUGGCUGCCCAUUACAGAGCCAUUAUACUCAGGACUUUCAUCCUCAAGUUGAGAUAUAUGGGGAGGACAAAAUUCCCAUGCCAGUUGACGUAAACUAUAUAUUGUGGGAGAUGAAUGGAAGGACUGACUUUGCUUACAGGGCAACUAUGGAAAAGGUACAUUGUUUAAAUACUGCACAGACUUGGAAUGAGAUGAUUAAAUUAUAUAAUAAAUCAAUUGAAACAAUUGAAGAUGUAGAUGAGAUAUGGGGACCUCACAAUUACAAGUCCUGUUUUAAAAAAAGAUCACAACAAUUAAGGAAACUGGAUAAAGCAUACGAGAUCUUAAAUAGUUCUGGUUUGAACUUUUUAACUUGGCCUCAGUAUACCAGUACUUAUAUGUUCAAGCUGAUAAUAGUGGAUCCAAAUUUCAGUUUUUGUAAAUUAUCUACAUAUUUUGCUGUCCAGACCUAUGGUAUCAUUGAAAGACCAAACUGGAUUUAUAUUGCUGGUUGGAACUUGUUGCUAAUUACUUUAUUUGGGGGAUUCGUCAUCUUCAGCUACUUCAGAUAUGUGAAGAUAUUCCGGGCUUUUCCUUUUGUUGAUCCCCUGAUGUCACUUAGGCCAGCUGUUACUGCAGAAAAAUCAAAUGAUCAGGAGAAGAAAGAUUGAUUUAUCACAUUGAAUGAAAUAAUAUUUUCAGUGUAUUUUGAUGUUUAAUUUAUGAGAAAAACAUUGCUUAACUUUUUACUUUUCCAGGAGUUAAUACAAUCUUAAAAAUACAUUAUUAUUAUUAUUAUUAUUAUUAUUAUUAUUAUUAUUGAUUUUAAACAUUAUUUUGAGAUAUUUUGCCUGCUCAUCUUUUAUUAUUCACAGCACCCUUCAAAAAUUUAAAUUUAAAUUUCUAGAUUGUUGCCUAUGCAUUUGGAGAAUACUUAAGUUGGGCAAGGCAACUAUAGUUAGUUUUUCUAACUUCCUAACUUUUCUUAAUAUACAUUCCCAUUAUUUAACAUAAGUACUACCAUAAAGGAAACUACUAUAAAUAGAAAGGUUAUGUUACUAUAUACAGUAAAUAAUUGGUAAUGUCGAUGCACCUUUUCCGUGUUGCCAAAAGGAAGUCCUCUAAGUCAAUUUAAAAUAAGAAUAGUAGUCCAAUUUAAUGCAAUAAGGAAUAUUUAAUCUCAUUUUAAUAUAUGUCAAAUUGUCUGCCACUUACAAUCUGUAAGUAUUGAUAAAAAGGUUAAAAUAAAAUUCAGUUGACUAAGUGAUUGAAUGUUUUCUGCAUUUUAAAUAAAA